UAAAAAUUGACUAAGUGCAUGAACCAAUUCCUCAGAUGUUAACUAUAUAAACCGCACAACCCCUUUGCUCUAAAAACUUCAGGACACACUCCCAACAAUUUCUUGACUAGAGUCUCUCUCACCUCUCCUACUCUCUCUACCCAUAAAUAUAUACAGGACCAAUAUUUAGGAUUUCAUUGAUUCAAAUUCUGAUUCGACGAUGUACACAAAUAGUGAUUUUGAUUCCGACUUUGCUCUGCUCGAGUCGAUAAGAUGUCACUUGCUUGGCGAAUUCGAAGCUCCGGCGACAAACUCCGGUAACAGCUUGUUCCCUUUAUUGACUGACAACUGGGGUGAGUUGCCUUUGAAAGAAAACGACCCGGAGGACAUGGUGGUCUACGGCGCUCUCCUCGACGCCGUCAACAUUGGGUGGCUCCCUUCUCUCUCGGCCACCGCCGCCACCACCGCCGCCGUUAAGGCAGAGCCGGAAAUUCUGACGGAAAUGACCAUAUUGCAGGAGAAUUAUACGUUUCAGGUGGCGCCGCCGCCACAGACGGCGGCGCCGGCUGUGGUGCAGGCGAAGGGGAAGCAUUAUAGAGGGGUGAGGCGGCGGCCGUGGGGGAAGUUUGCGGCGGAGAUAAGGGAUCCGGCGAAGAAUGGGGCCCGGGUUUGGCUCGGGACGUUUGAGACCGCGGAGGAUGCUGCGUUGGCUUAUGACCGAGCGGCCUAUCGCAUGCGAGGGUCACGUGCUCUGCUGAAUUUUCCGCUUCGGAUAAAUUCGGGCGAGCCCGAGCCAGUUCGGGUCAAGUCCAAGAGGUCGUCCUCGUCGUCGGAGCCUUCUUCCUCAUCGGAUAAUGGAUCGCCAAAGCGGCCGAGGAAGGUGGUGGGCUCGGUGGUGCCCGCGCUGGGACAAGGUGGAUUGGAAAAUGGGGGUGGUGUUGGAUUGGAGGUGAAACAAGAACCAUUGUUGGUUGGAGGGUACAUGUUCUAAGUAAGUGAAAAUUUCUGUAGUGUACAUUGAAGAACCAUGACAAUCAUGACACCCUCAAUUUUUGAAAAAAAAAGAAAAAGAAAAAAAAGAAGGAAAGGAAACGAAGGGUUGUUUGGGAUUGUGAAUGGGUGGUUUUCUUUUGUUUGUUUAAUUAAUUCUUUUUUAAAUGAGAUUUUCAAUUCUUUUAUGUAACAUUUUGUUAUGAAAAUGAGUUCUUUUGCAUAA